AUGAGCAGGCACCAAACAAGGGCUCGUGCCCCAGCCACUGAGGUGAUGGCUAUAAGUUCUGAAGAUCUCGCACAAUGCAGGAGGGAUCGUGACUUUACCAACAUCCUUGACCUCCGGAACUGUUGGCAUACUAGUUUCCUCAAAAGGCUUCGAGAGCACGGCUAUAGAAGCUGUUUUCUCUGGAAGCAGCUUCAAGAGUCUGAGGACGCGAGAUCAGAGUGUAUUGACAGCUUCCUGGAUAUCUACGGAAUGGAGUACUGGGGUGACAGGGAGAGGCGUGGGAGGUACCUCAUGCCUGACUCCAUUGCUCGCGGAGAUGUGGUCAAGUAUCCUGAGAAUCGUACUGAACUUAAGCAGACCCUAGUUCUCCUUCUCAAGAAGAAGGCAGACGACAUCCUCAAGAAAGGCGACAGUUCUCAGCAGUCUCAGUCUCAGAUUGAAGCCUGUCAGUCCGAGCUCUCCCAGCCCACUUCUAAGAAAAAGUACAGUUCUAGAUACUCCGCUCCCAAGAAGCCCACUCCCGAGAAGAGACCUCCCUCCGAGGACUUUGAUUUUAUCCCUGAAGAGCGCGAGAGUUCCGGCGAAGGUGAAACCGAAACCGAAACCGAAACCGAACUUGACACCGAGGCCGAAGUCAACAUUGAUCAUGCCGAAGAAGAGAUUGGGGUAGAAGCAACCGCUUCCCAGCUUCCAGUUUCCAUGUCUCAGGACAUGUCCAUGACUGAGCCUGCUUUCAUGCCGGUUGCGUCAGCCAACAUUCCCACCGCCACCCGCCGUGUCAGAAGGCGCAACACCAUAGAGCACCGCAUGACUCCUCCCAGCGACGAAAACUCGGCGUCUUCUAUUUCGGUACCUUUUACCAGUCCUUCCUGCGGUGGCUCCUCCAACACCUCCACCGUGAGCCUCGUGGAUGCCAAUCUCGCCCGUGCCCUUUACGCCAAAUAUCGCCGUGACACCUUCUUCCUCAUAACCACCGACGGACCCCGCAUCAUUGCCGCAGCCUGGCAUAAAUACAAGGACUUUGGCGCUGCCUCUUCGUUCCUUCUAGACAUGGGUCGCGCCCGUGGCCUCGAGAACCGCUGGUGGACCGCAGAAGCUCAAAUGAUGAUCGAUGGAGAGAGCGGACCUAGUGAAGCUGACUACGUUCUCGCCGCCAAGGAUGUCAUUUCCGAAGCCUCGGUCACGCUCGAAUGGUCUGGCGAAGAGGUCCUUGUGCGCUGGGACAACAAUGACGACUGGAAAGUUGUGAAGCAGAUGACUCAAAAGGCCUGGAUGAGCCGUGAGUUUGGUUUCCAGAUGAUUGAUGUCUUCAAGGUCAAGGUCUUGCUUCAUUUGGAAAAUAACUAUUAG